AUGAUGGUGCUAGGCAUCUCAUGGCAUAGCGGCCGCAUUAUGAUCCACAACCCUAGCCUCGACAGCGACGAGGCCUGCGACCAAUUCAUGAUCGACCUGAGAAAGGAGAUUAGGACUGCAGUCGCUGGCGUCACGACCGUGGAUCUAGAUUCCCAUGUCCUGGGAAUAAGCUCGGAGACUUUCAGGGGAGGAAAGGAAGAUGUUGUGACUGGUGCGCAAGCAUGCGGUGCGGCCAUUGGAAAAAAUGGGCGCGAAGAGGAUUGGGGUUAUUACUCCUUACCAAACGCCAAGCCAGUUGCGAAGAUCAAACCAGAGACGCUGAAGGAGGCAUUCCUGAAAGUGAAUAGGGCGGAUGUUGAGGCACUGGUGCAGGCGGGGACGAAUCUGUUCUGUGCAAAAGUGACGGCAGAGAUGGAGGUAGAGUUGGAGAAGCCAAUUGUUGCUAUCAAUGCUGCGCGACAGUAUGGCACGCAUACAGGUCGCACGGUAUCGCGGACUAGACCAAGGGAUUUGGGUGCUCGUUGGAGAAGCACUCGGAGUGGAUGA